UUAGUAUUUUGUGAAAAUUGUUUAAUCAAACAAGACACAAUUGACUACUUUAGAAAUUUGUGUAAAUGGCUUAAAUGAUUAAUUUAGUCUUUUGUCCUGCAGUAGUUGCAGUUUGUGACGUGUCAGUCGUGUCAUGUGACAGGUUAGUGUCACAUGACGUGUCUCAGGUGUGAACGGGGAAUGUGUCAAAUGUGCCAUUAUUGCUCAAUGAAGUCACUGAACAUAUAGCCAUUAAUGUCCAAGUUGCUAUUGGCAACAAAAGUGACAAUUAGCCAGUUUCCACCCUCAUGUCAUGUGUUAAAAAUGUCAGGUAUGAUUAGAUGUCUAGAUGUCGUUCUGUCGAAUUUUGUGAUUCAAUUAAAAAAAACGUGCUGACUAUGUUUUUGGUUAUUUCAGCAAGACAUGGUUGAAAUCGCAAAGUUCCUCAAGACAAGUGCCAAAUUGCCAAUGCUACAAAAUGUACAUCCAAAAUCAGUGACAGCCAGAGUUCCAGAUUACAACAGAUUACGGGCAUGGACCUUUCUCCUUCUAUGUUUGUGAAAGAUGUCGCUUCUUUUUCACACCACUGAUUUCCAAUUGCCUUGUGUUUCAAUGACUACUGGAUUUUGCACGUGCAUACUUUGUCGGUCACUUACUGCACAGAAGAAGCAUGUGAUACUCUUUCGCAGUCGCAUGUGGUGGAUUAAUGCAUUAAUGCUUGGUAGUUGACUGCACCGAGCCAAACUCAUGCACCCCACACACCCACCCCUCCACGUAUUACUGCAUCAUGAGGGGAUUACGGUCAUGGACAGGCCAUGCCCAGGCGGGACCCUACCAUCGCACUCAUAUUAUGGGGGGGUGGGACUCAUUUUGAACCAAAGCUUUUAUGAUAUAAUAUUACUCCUUUAAAGUGCAACAUAAUUCCAACUGAAACAACAAAAACAACUUUCACUUUUUGACUGAACUAAGCAAGCAAAGACAUUUUCAAUCAAAUGCUGGGCCAUCUGAUGAGGAGAGGGGAAAGAGGGGACAGACAGCAGGUCGGCAGUUAGUUGGGUUGCAGGGAGAGGUUGUGUGACUGCAGAUGUUGCUUGUCUAAAUGUUUCGCUUUGCACAGAAAUAUUUAGAGCUGAAUUUGCGAGUGAUUUAAGAGCUGCAGAGAAAGGAAUGAGUGACAAAUAAAGAAGGGAAACGGGGAGCUGCUAAUUAUGGCUUUGGCUUGUCUCGGGAUUGGCUGUGCCUCUGUGCCAUCUAAAGCUGUGUCCAACUUGGAUAUAGAGAGCAAGUUGUCAGUUCACUAUCAGGCUCCAUGGCACCAACAACACAACGUAUUCCAUCCACGCACCCGACCACCAUGUCUGGAGGAACUGCACAAAAACUCUCAGUUCAGCCUCCGAGCCCUGCGCAGAGACGAAAAACAGAACGAGCCACCCACGAGUCGGGAGAAGAACAAGGUGACUAUCUCUGUCUCAACGGCGCCCCCUAUACCCACCUUCCCCUCACCGCAUUCCAUCAGACGGCAACAGAGAAGUCGGCUGGCACGAGCGCAAGAAAGAGAAGAGCGAGAGCGAGAGUUAGACUAUCAACCUAGUAAGGAGAGGACAGUGAGAGAAACAGAAAUCCAAACCAUUCAAAGAAAAGAGAGACCGGGGAGAGAAGUGGAUAUUCAGACGAUACAAAGAAAGUUUGAGUGCUUUUACUCACUUCAUCCAAUUGAGGGAUGCAUCUUCAUUCCGUGGAAUAGAAAGGCUACCUCAACGGGCGAGGGCGACGAGGAUGAGGUGUUAACAGGUCACAAAACAAAGACCUCAGCACAUGCUGUCCCCUCCACCCAGGACAAAGAGACCAAAUGGUCAAAGGAAAAUGUGUCCCACUCCGAUCAGAAGACAACUUCGGAUGAUACUCGUGCAGUCUCUUCCUGUAUCAUCCCCAUCAAUGUAACAGGAGUUGGAUUUGAUAGAGAGGCUAGUGCACGGUGCUCCCUUGUGCAUUCCCAGUCAGUUCUUCAGAGAAGAAGGAAAUUGAGGAGGAGGAAGACCAUCACUGGAAUACCCAAACGAGUACAACAGGACAUGGACUCAGAUGAAUCACCAGUAGCAAGAGAGCGGACAGUAAUUGUCCAUGCCAAUCCGCACCAACUCUCGCUGUGUCACGAAGACUUCUCAAUUAGUGGUCGCCUUCACCACACUCGAGACUCUGGCUGCCAAACAGAUGAUUUCCUCAUAGCAUGCACAGCCGCUCCUUCCAGGAGACGCAUUCGAGCUCAACGAGGCCAUCAGGGAAUACCGGCAUCUCUUUCCCACUCGACAGGCAACAUUUCUUCCCUUGGUGAUCAGUCUGACUCGACAUACACAAGUACCGCAACCCACACUGGACGUUUGCGAUCUCGCAGCCUUCCACGAGAAGGUGGUCGCCUGAUGGAUAGUGAUGAGGACGACGAUGACAAUUACGAUGAUGAUGAUGACGAGGAUGAGGAAUUGUCACCGUAUGAACCAGAGGACUUUAUUCCCCCUGGUCCGAGUCCGAGGCUGAAGAUGAUGAUGAUGAAGGAUGAAGAGGAGAGCACAGAUGACCAGGCAGCUCCUGAGCCACUGCAACUAGGAAGUUUAAAACGGUUGCAACGAUCUGGGGAAAGAGAUCGGGGAGGAGGGAGCCCAGAACAUUGCUGGAUGGAGAGAGGCCGGUCUCGCUUGCCCCGCAAAGCUGACAUGGGCAGCUGCGAGAUCUCUUCAAGUUCUGAUACGUUUAGUAGCCCGAUUCACUCCGUGUCCACAACAGGAGUCUUGAGUAGCCAUGUAGACCCCAAGGAAGACCAUCAGUCAUCCAGUGGCAAUUGGAGUGGAUCCAGUUCUACCUGCCCAUCCCAAACCUCCGAAACCAUCCCCCCACCUUCUUCUCCACCACUUACAGGCUCGUCUCACUGUGACUCAGAGCUGUCACUCAACACCGUACCCAAUGCUAUGGAUGAGGGCUUUUCCCUGGAUCCCUCAUACCAUUCUGAAUUGAGACCUCAAGGACCAGGCCACAGGUCAAGCUCAUUCACAUCCUCAGCAACAGAUCAGCUGGAUGAUGCAGGGGUCAGUACAGCUAGCGAGGGGGAAUGGGCAUAUCCUCCGGACCAGGACCAGCUUGACCCAGACCAAUACCAUGACCACACCCAAAACGUAUGUCCAAGCCAAGACUACAGCUCCAAACAAGCGCGAGAACAAACAUGUUUCAGUGAAAAGACCAACAUUGCUGACAAAGACACUGGCUCUCAUUGCUCAUCUGAUGCAGAGGGUUUGUGUACAUCUGAGCAAUUUGGGAAGAGUAAUAAGAGUUGCGGACACUACAUAUAUAACUAUGCAGACCAAGGGACUGAUUGUGGUCAAUCCAACAUGGUCGCACCACCUCCCAUUUCCCAUGGAGUUUACUCCCCAGCCUCGUCUGAGUACAAAAGAGGCACUAUGACGCUCGGGAGGCCCUGUCGCCCACUGAGGAAACCCAAACUAAAACCUCCUCCACCUAUGCGAACUUCCUCCCUGAAAGAGCCUAGUAGUAGUGUUGACGUAGGAACGGACACACAAGCAGAUCAAGACCAACCAAAGAUGGUUAGUGAACAAGACCUGACAUUGUCUUCCACAGAUAUGAAGUUGGAACUGGAACUGGUAGGCAUUCCAGAACCAUUGGAGACGUCUUGUCUUGUGGCAGAGCCUAUGGGAACAUGGGUAAUGGGACUAGGAGAAAGCGUAGACAUAGUAGAACCCAUGUCCUUUAGCUCAGCAGACACACACUCGUUUAAAGACGAAGGAGCUGUGCAAUCAGACUAUGCAGACCUCUGGCUACACAAUACUGAGGUAAAGUCCAACACUUGUGAGUACAAAUCCCUGUCAAACUCAAGCACGGCGACAGGCACAACUGUUAUGGAUUGUGUCAAGUCACCAGACAGCUCGUCCUCCUCUGACACGCAAUCCCAGACUCUUUCCCAGUCUUCUGAGACGAGAGCUGCUAGUCCACCCCACCCGCCUGGAGACUUUAAACUCGGGUCACCCGAGAAGUUGGCUGGUUUGGCAUCACCAUCCAGCGGUUAUUCAAGUCAAUCAGAAACACCAACUUCUACUUUGCCCUCAACUUCAGCAGCAUUCUUUCCAGGUCCACUGUCCCCCUCCACCGGCAAAAGGAAGCCCAGAGUGCCAGAGAGAAAGUCUUCUCUUUCAUCUUUGCAACAUCUACCGAGAGACGGAACUUCUAUAGCGUCUGCUUACAAGAGAGACCCAGACUUCCCACCGCCACCUUCUCAGCUUGAUCUUAAUAUUCUUCACAGUGGCUAUGUCAGACAUACGCACAGAACACAACACCUGCACACACUUCACCACAGCAAACACAGAGUCGCAAAUGUUGUUCCCACAGGAACAAAGACGUCGGUCCAUGAGACAUUAACGAGCAACCCCCCACCAUGCGCAAACACCAACGCUUUGAUUCCAAACGCAAAUAUGUUGGCCAUAACGCCAUCAAUUCUACGUUCAGUGCAGCUCCACUCUGUCAGCAAAUCGAGUAAUACUGUGACCAGCUCAGACCUGGAAUCUGCAAGUGGACCAGCAACUGUUACCAAACCCAAAUGUCCUAGCGGGGCGACUCUAGCCCCGCCCCCAAUCAACACCAGGCCGCUCCCUCCUCGUAGACCGCCCCCGAGACCUCCAACUCAGGACCACACCGCCUCCCCUGAUCACUCUCAACCACCUCCCCCUGGUCGUCACCCUGACGGGCCUCCUUCUUACGAAAGCCUACUACUUAGACAAGAUCGAUACGGGCCUGGAACCUUCUGGUCGAUGACAGCGUUCAGGACUCGUUUGGACCCAUUUUCAGAACUCUCAGAUGACAGUUCGCCUUUGCAUCGGCCAGUGCCACGUGCCCCUCACCCUUCACCGGUGGAUCUACACACACAUAUCCGCUCACACACAGAAUUUAGAGGGCUCACACAUUCAGCUCGCGCGCACCCAGAGUUUCGGAUCUUGGGAGAGUGUUCUUUUUCCCAAGAUGAUGAUGAUGAUGAAGAUGAUGAGGAAGAAGAAGAACAAGUAAAAGAAUCCCAGAGGGCCACAUGUCACAGGGUGGGCAUGCGAAUAGAUCACCCUCCCCCUCCAGCCUACGAGUUUGCAGGAGGAUCCCACCUGGACUCAGGGCCCUGGACUAGUCCAGUCAAAGUGCCUGGUACCACAGUGGAGACAUCGCAUCCUUACCUAAUCAGCGAUGCCAGGAGGAUAAGACAAAUGGUGCAGGAAGAAGAGGAAGAGACAUCAGGUGCUACCAGAAGUGCCCAUCACCUGCUGCCACAAGAAAAUAAAGAUGACUCCACCACUCCUGACACAGAAGACUAUUUCAGUAAAGAUUCCACACCUACUGACAACUCACUUUCCCCUUUGACGGAUGACGCCAAAGUUGAUGACGAUCUAAUGACAUCACCCAACAAGUCCAGAACAACCGAGGAUCUGUUUGCCAUGAUACACAGAUCCAAGAGAAAGGUCCUGGGCCGCAAAGAUUCGGGAGACUUAAACGUGAAGUCUCGUCUCUGCCCGGCAGCACCAGUGAAUCCGAACAGUGUCACCAAUGCCAUUAUGCCACCGCCCCCUCCGCUCAACACCCCAGCCACCGUAGCCACUGCAUCCGGGUCGCAACGCGUCCCUGUUCCAAUCUACCGCAGCGCCAAAAAAUCCAGUACAUCCAAUGAGGAGUUUAAACUAUUGUUGCUGAAGAAAGGCAGCAGAUCUGAUUCUAGUUACCGCAUGUCAGCCACCGAAAUUCUGAAGAGCCCUAUAACUCCAAAGAGCCACGGGGAAUCCAUCUUGGAAGGUUGUAUGAGUCAAACUGAAGAGAACCUCCCAAUGCAUCAGGAGCCACCGCUUUCCAACUCGGACCCUAUCCAGAUACCAGGCCUCUUUCCCAGGGCCAACUCUGAGAGCUUCACCCCCAAAAUACUGCCUAUGACCGCUGCAUCUCGACAGGGACGUUCUCGGGUUCCACCAGUAGCCAACAGUAGUCGCUAUAGUACUCGUAGCCGCCUCUACACUGCUCCCAUGCAAGCCAUUUCUGAAGGGGAGACAGAGAACUCAGAUGGAAGUCCCCAUGAUGACAGAUCUUCAUAGAAUUAGUUGACAGAUAUUCUUCUUUUUUUUUUCAAAUGGCCCCUUCCUACUUUUAUAAGAUUGGGUGUCUCUUGAUGCCUUUGGUCUAAUGCACCCCAAAAUCUGACUGUUGCUAAAAUGUGCCCAGUAUUAGGAACUGCAAUGGAACUGUUGGGUUUCAGAUGUUCUAAGAAACUGAAUGACAGAGUCAUUAAAAAAAAUGUUUACCAUAAAACUAUAGGAAAAAGAAUAAAUCCCUCAUAGAUAAAAUAUCUAUUUUGAUUGAACUGUCUUUUUAUAUACGUAAAAAGAAUACAAAAUGAAGUUGCAAAAGAAAGAUAAGGUGACAUUUUGUGAAAGGACUGCAUGUACAAGCACAUGCAAGAGUCACUGAUAUUUGUACUUCCUGUCUUGUUUGGUGUGGGUGUGUGUGCUGUUGAGGAACUGCUUUCUUUUGAAAUGAAAAAUUCAUACAAAUUGUAACAUUCUUGCAACUGUUGCUGCCCAAAGCAGAAACCAGACUUUGCAUUAUAAACAAGCAGCAAGGUUUAUCUUGCGCGUAGGUUACAAAAUGCUCCCAACUCGAGUUUUUGAUGAUUUCCAUCAGCACACCAGGGAGCAUACCAUAAGACGACCUCAUAUUUCUUAACAGAAAUGAUCUUAUAAAAUUUAAUAUGAUGCAUGGAUUUUUGUAAAACUUAUCCAAACUUAUGCUGAAGUUUCAUCAUGUUGCAUGACCAGAAUGGAAACAUCCCCUAGAUUCUCAACUGUCAACAUUUUUUGUGGUUCCUUCGUAUCAUAUGGAAAAUUAUCCUGUGAAAAAUUUUAGUGACUGAUUGAUUUGUAACACAUUUCCAUUGACCCAAAUUCUUUUUUUCUGGGAUUCUAAGGAGCAAGGGGCCCAUUACUAUAAUAGACGAGGGGUCCAUUUGUGGAAGACUUUGGGACAAUCGCAGUGGCCUUUCUUUGCUAGAUUUGCCUGUGUUUAGUGUGACCCUACAUGGACCCAGGCCAGAAUCAUAUUUUAAACGAACCGUGUCAUGCUGUUCUAACUUGAAGUAGAAAAUAGGGCGUUUUUAAAACGCACCAUUCAGCGCAAAUGGUGAAAAUGCUUUAGAGGGUCCAAAAUCGGGUUGACCAGAGAGUCAUUCGCAAAGCUUUCCAAUAACCGACCUCUCUUUUGCACUUGAUGAUUCUUCAAGAAUAUUCAUAAGAAGUUAUAUCUUAUAAUGAAAUUCCAUAUGUAUAUUUGUAUUGAAUAUAAAGUCAUAUCUAUGUAAAACGAGAAGACAUUUUUUAACAAGAGUGUAGCAAAGAAGAACAGGUCUCACUGACAACAUGACAUACAAGUCUUAAGAAUGAACACUGUUCUCUCCUAGUUGCCUAUCCUUCAUUUGCACUGACCCAGUAGCACCAGACAGGUGAGAGCUCAACCCAGUGACUGGUGUGCACCAUUUUGUCUAACCUGACAAAUAUUCUUGUCGAACACACUGCCCAAAUUUUAAAAUAAUUUCUUUGGCUGUGGCCUUUGGACUCCAUUUCAUUUCAAGGUUACCUUCCUAUAGUACAUCAGUGCAUUUAUUGAAUCUCCUCGAGCAGCGAUUCUCAAACUUUUUACUCAAGUGCCACCUAAAAAAAAAAACUACUUAGGUUCCCAAGUACCACCAUCAUGACCAACAUUAAGAUGCACUACUAGGUCCAAGUGUUCAUUAAAAACAAGACAGACAGGUUUUAUUCUUCAACUAGUACCACUCCUAAAGAUAUAUAUUUUUUAUUAUAAUUAAAAGCAUGGGCCAGUAUCAGAUUCUGACAAUAUGACCUUGAGCAAAAACAUUUCACAGUCUUGCAUAUACAGUACAGCUCUAAAAAACAUUGUUCUGGGAGUAAAAAAAAAACAUUUUCAUCUCAAUUUACUUUGUUUUUAAACAAGCUUUAAUGCGAUUUGGUUAAUUGGUAAACGUAAAAAUAAAAUAAAUUGUAUUUAUUCACCAAACGUAGACACACUAGCUCUCGAGGCUGGUUGCAAACAUUAUUUUCAAGCGCACCAUGAAUUUGAGUAAUCGCUGGCACUCACAAAUGUGAUAAAUUGGGAGUACCGCCUCCUCCAGCAGUCACUCUUCAAAAGUGUGUUUUGCAUAGCCUUUCUCUACCAAGUCUUGGUACAAAAAAAAAAUUCCCAAAAGAGCCACAUUUUUUUCUGCAAGGGCAAACGUUGUCAGGCUCACUGACUGCUUGCACCCAAAAUGGUCCCAAAAUGAGAUGGGUCUUGUCACUUCGCCUUCACUGACGUGGUUUUGAAAAUGUGACAUUUUAAAACCUUGGCAUCACUUGAAACCUGUAAUUGGGCCAUGCCUAUUGUCAGCAUUAUGCACAGUUUGCACAUUUACCCGAACUUAUAUAGACAAUUAAAAUAUAUUGCACAUUAAAGUAAAAUGAAAUUGCACCUAAAAGAUUAAAUGCAAAUGUAUUCAACUUCAAAGUUAAAUACAACUAAACUGUACUUGGGCAGUAAUACUUUCACGUACCACUAGAGGGAGCCCACAUUCCAAUACACGCUGCGAAUCACUUGAACUUGAGUGUUAGCAGAGGAAAAAAGGACCAUCAGUUAACAGCUUGAACUCUCCCCUGCCUGUCACAGCAAACAUUACUCACAUUCAGAGACCGCACUUCAAUAGGAACCAUUCACUGUAUUCUGUGAAUACCUCAACAAACAUAUUGUUUUACUGCAAAUGCAAGAUAGAUAGAUAGAUAGAUAGAUAGAUAGAUAGAUAGAUAGAUAGAUAGAUAGAUAGAUAGAUAGAUAGAUAGAUAGAUAGAUAGAUAGAUAGAUAGAUAGAUAGAUAGAUACUCAGCGAACCCGAACUGCAGAACUGACACUGUGUAACUUGGAGUGAGUAAAAAAGCUGUGAAUUGCGCAUACGAAUUUCACAUUCAUGACACCCACAUGGCUUCAUGGCACUCGUUCCUGACCAUUGUUUUUAUUUGUCGUGUUUUCUAUCGCAUGCAAUAAGACACAAAUGACGAAAGAUAUAAAAGACACCACCAUAUGAUUAUUUUUAUCUGAGGGAUGUCUCCAGAUGAGAAAAUAAUUUGUAUUUUCUGUUCUAAUGUCAAGUUCAAUAGUGUGUUCAAUAGAUGUACAAACUGUCUGGCUAAUUCUGUUCUGUAUAGUUGUGAUCACGACAGGGGUUUAUCUUGUACUGUAUAUCUUACUCACUGGACAAUCAUAUGUUUUAGAGACUGAAAAGAAAAUGAUCGUAUAUAGGAAAAUCGAGACACUUGUGGUGCUGGGUCCUAGUCUUGCUUGAGCUGCAAAAGUUGACGUGAGAGAUACUUUUAUUUUCAAUUGGAAAAGAAAAGCUUGAAAAAAAUGGCGAUAUAAGGCUCAAAAGUGACUUGCAAAACAGUCGUUCUAAUUUUGUUAUUUUUGAAACUACUAAUAUUAUACACAAUGGAUGUGAAUGGGUUAUCUCUGCCACUUGAAGAAUGCUCUGUGAAAAUUCUAUUUUAAAAUUGGGGGGGAAACAAAAACAAACAAACAAACAAAAAAA